GACACCAUGAUUCUUUUGUCUAGACCAAUUUCUCUCAUUAAGAUAGCAUUGAAAUAGAUCCUUACAUCCUAUCACUCGAUUUAUCUUUACAUGAAUCCCACAACUCAUUCAACUUACAUGCACUACUAACCUGCAUCUACAAAAAAAGAAAAAAAUACCACAUCACGUGGCGAUAACCGAUAAGCCAGUUUUCGCAGCCAAGGGCGAUCCCUCAGUCUCCACCAUCUCCGAUCUCUUUUCAGAAGAAUCAAAAACCACCAACAAGUAAAACCCGGUGGACAAACAUCCCCUCCCAAAAUGACAUCGCCAUUAAUCCUCCUCCCGGGCGACGAAGUCCCCUCCGAGUACCUCCCAUCCACCAAUUCCGGCCCCCUGAGACUCGGAGCAGGUCUUCGUCUCCUCUCACAACCGUCCUCAAACCCAUCCACACCCCUCAGCCAUGUGAUAUCCGCAACACAACCGGGCAUCCUCUCAACAGACAUCAAACGAAACGCCGUGUCCAUCCUCUCCACCCCGAACCGCCGCUAUCUCCCAACCCCAGGCGAUCUGGUGAUCGCGCAGAUCCACCACUCCAGUCCGGAUUAUUUCUUUUGCAUGGUCACGCCGCAAGCGCCGCAGGCGCUGCUGGGCCAGCUUUCAUUCGAGGGCGCGACGAAGAAGACACGGCCGAUGCUGAAACAGGGGGAUCUGGUUUACGCGCGUGUGUUGUCGACUGGGUUGGGUGCUGGCGCGGAGGUGGAGCUUACCUGUGUCAAUCCUGCGACGGGGAAGGCUGAGCCUGGGGGACUGGGGCCGUUGACGGGUGGGAUGGUUUUUGAUGUGUCGACUGGGUUGGCGGCGCGGUUGAUGAAGGCUAGUUCCUCGUCCGCGGAGCAGCAGGAGGCAGUGGCAGGGUUGGUGGUGUUGGAGGAGCUGGGCAAGAAGUUGGAGAAGACGGGCGGGUUUGAGAUUGCUGUGGGGAGGAAUGGGAAGGUCUGGGUGGAUUGUGCGAAUGGGGGCGAUUAUGCUGUCAAGGCGACGGUUGCCAUUGGGCGAUGCUUGAGUACCCUUGACCAGCAUGAGUUGAAUUCGACAGAUCAGAGGAAACUGGUCACGAGGAUAUUACGAGAAAUGAAGGUCGAAACGUGAUGGGGCGUUGAAAGUUGUUGUGUUGUGGUGUGUGUGUUAUGUUCUAUACUACUACUAUUCACACUUUUUAUUUUUGAUAUAUCUCUUUCUUUCUUUUUAAUUUUUUUUUUAAUUUUUUUUAUUUAAUUUUCUCCCCUCAUGUAUCAAGUUUACGACGUUGACAAAAGGCAUAAACCUAGAGUGGGAAAAAGAAAGCAUUGGCUGACCGCUAAGAUCUAUUGGGAAAAAAAGCUCAAGGGCGGAAAACACAGCAAAAAAUGGUUGGCGCCCUGUGAGCUUUAAAUUUAGUCUGACCCGAGGCCGGAACUUUUUUUUUUAUGUUGUAAUUCACUUUGACUCCAAAUGAAC